AGUCCAGUUGUCCGUUUUCGUCUCCCUGCCUUUCUCUUUUGUUUCAAACGUCUUCUAGUGUUGUUGAACAGUCCCUCUGACCUACCUUUGUUAGACGUGCAUUAUCUUUUCCAGUCAUUGUUACUCUUUCUCUCAACUACUAAUCAGUCUGUAGUGGCUACAACGCUCUCUCAGAGAGUAACAAGUUCAGCACAACGCUCUCUCAAUGAAAAACAAGUUCAGCACAACGCUCUCUCAGUGAAUAACAAGUUCAGCAUAACGCUCUCUCAGUGAACAACAAGUUCAGCAUAACGCUCUCCUUCUCUCAACGGCCUACUUAUUCCAGUCAGCCCACUCAGCCAACGUUUGAAGAAGAUCUUUAAAGGAACGGACAACUCACUCAACAUGUCCAGUCAAGAAGUAGAAGGCUUUUCUCGGGAGGUGCAGCGAAAAGAUGCCACACUGGAAAGUCUUCAGGCUGCUGUGCCUCCUGAGCAGCCGCAAUUGUCCUCCACAUCACGUAAAGUGACAUGGUCACCAUCAUGGUCACCAUGGACAUACUGCUACUCAAUGGGAACAAUGCUCCUUUUUGUGAUCUGCUACGAGGGUGAGGAUCUUCGUGAUGACAUCCUGUCCACUAUUGUACACUACAUAUUUAGUGUACAUAGUGUAGAGAUGGAUGAGCAAGACGAAACUCUUUCCGACCGGACACUACUGCACCACUGUGCAUGGUGUGGAAAUGAUCGACUAGCAAAUAUUCUCAUCGGACGUGGAGCUGAUGUCAAUGCGCAGGACAGCGAGUUACGACGAUGGACUCCACUUCACUAUGCAGUCGACUGUAACAAGAUCAACGUUGUCAAGGUGAUGCUGUCACAUGACAGUGACGGUGUCACCUUGGAUACCACACUGCGUGACGGUACAGGGAGAACAGCGUUGGACCUAGCCAGGGAAAGGAAUCAUGAGGGAUGUGUGCAGUUGCUGGUGGAUCACGAGAGUGCGAAGUUCGCUACCCGCAAGAUGAAGAAUCCGUGGAAGAUGUCAGAGUUCAGGCGCAUGCUUCCGACCUUAAUAGAAACCCUCGAUCCUUCUGGACUACGGACGCGCUGUGACGCUUACGAAAUCAUCACGCCUCGAUUCAAGAGAAGCUUGGCUUCGAUUCGUGACCCGAACGAUCACAACGAAAGACUCCUGGAUGAGCUGAGAGGUGGAGAUGCAGAUUCGUUCCACAGGUUUCUCAGUUGUAUAAGAGAGUCAGAGACGUACACACGUGUCAAAGAGAUUUUAGCUAAACUGGAACCACUGGACAUUCAUCAUGUUUCGACAGAUUGAGGUGUCAAGAAAUUCACGCAGCAAGUGCUGGUACUGUUCUCUCUCUCUCUCUCUCUCUCUCUCUCUCUCUCUCUCUCUCUCUCUCUCUCUCUCUCUUUCUCUCUCUCUUUCUCUCUCUCUCUCUGUAUCUCUUUCUCUCUCUCUCUCUCUCUCUCUCUCUCUCUCUCUCUCUCUCUCUCUCUCUCUCUCUCUCUCUCUCUCUCUCUCUGUAUCUCUCUCUCUCUCUCUCUCUCUUCUCUCUCUCUCUCUCUCUCUCUCUCUCUCUCUUUCUCUCUCUCUCUCUCUCUCUCUCUCUC